GAGAAACCCUUUUGACUCAGGGUUUCCAUUGAUUCAGUCGGGAACAAGUCUGGUUAAAUAUGACAAGGAAUUUGUCUAUGGGAAUCUCAAACACAACACGCCAGUUUUGCUGUCUCUGUCCAGAUAUUUAAGAAGAGGAGCAAGGGAUUCACUCGGUCAUUUCAACUGAAGGUACAUCAGCAAGUUCACACUGGACAAGGCCAUUCACCUGUUGUAAGUGUGAGAAGGGAUCCAGUCAGUUAUCCCACUUGUGGACACACCAGUCAGGUCACACUGGGCAGAGGCUGGUCAUUUGCUGAAUUUGUGGGGAAUGGUUCACUCGAUCAUCUAACCGAAUGGCACACCAGCAUGUUCACACUGGAGAAAUGCCGUUCACCUGCUCAGACUGUGGGAAGGGAUUCACAAAAUCAUCUCAACUACUGAGACACCAGUCAGUUCACACUGGGCUGAGGCUGGUCAUUUGCUGAAUUUGUGGGGAAUGAUUCACUCGAUCAUCUAACCAAAUGGCACACCAGCAUGUUCACACUGGCGAGCGGCCGUUCACCUGCUCAGACUGUGGGAAGGCAUUCACUAUAUCAUCUCACCUACUGAGACACCAGUCAGUUCACACUGGCGAGCGGCCGUUCACCUGCUCAGACUGUGGGAAGGGAUUCACUUGCUCAUCUAACCUGAAGGAACACCAGAGAGUUCACACUGGAGAGAGGCCAUUCACCUGCUCAGACUGUGGGAAGGGAUUCACUUCUUUGUCCCAACUGAAGGUACAUCAGCGAGUUCACAGUGGAGAGAGGCCGUUCACCUGCUCAGACUGUGGGAAGGGAUUCACUUCUUCAUCCCAUCUGAAGGUACAUCAGCGAGUUCACACUGGAGAGAGGCCGUUCACCUGCUCAGACUGUGGGAAGGGAUUCACUUGCUCAUCUAAACUGAAGAUACAUCAGCGUGUUCACACCGGGGAGAGGCCGUUCACCUGCUCAGAAUGUGGGAAGGGAUUCACUUGCUCAUCUAAACUGAAGGUACAUCAGAGAGUUCACACCGGGGACUGGCCGUUCACCUGCUCAGACUGUGGGAAGGUAUUCACUUCUUCGUCCCAACUGAAGGUACAUCAGCGAGUUCACACUGGGGAGAGGCCGUUCACCUGCUCGGACUGUGGGAAGGGAUUCACUUACUCGUCCCAACUGAAGGUACAUCAGCGAGUUCACACUGGAGACAGGCCAUUCACCUGCUCAGUCUGUGGGAAGGGAUUCACUCGGUCAUCCACCCUAAUGGCACACCAGCGGGUUCACACAGGGGAGCAGCCGUUCACCUGCUCAGAAUGUGGGAAGGGAUUCACUUGCUCAUCUAAACUGAAUGAACAUCAGCGAGUUCACACUGGAGAGAGGCCAUUCACCUGCUCAGUGUGUGGGAAGGGAUUCACUAAAUCAUCCUACCUACUGAUCCACCAGUCAGUUCACAAUGGCGAGUGGCCGUUCACCUGCUCAGACUGUGGGAAGGGAUUCACUCAGUCAUCUAACCUGAAGGAACAUCAGAGAGUUCACACUGGGGAGUGGCCAUUCACCUGCUCUGAAUGUGGGAAGGGAUUCAUUAAAUCAUCCCACCUACAGUUGCACAGGUCUGUUCACACCGGGGCGAGGCCGUUCACCUGCUCAGACUGUGGGAAGGGAUUCACUUGCUCAUCUAAACUGAAGAUACAUCAGCGUGUUCACACCGGGGAGAGGCCAUUCACCUGCUCAGUGUGUGGGAAGGGAUUCACUCGGUCAUCUGAACUGAAGGUACAUCGGCGAGUUCACACUGGGGAGAGGCCAUUCACCUGCUCAGAGUGUGGGAAGGGAUUCACUAAAUCAUCUCACCUACUGAGACACCAGUCAGUUCACAGUGGCGAGCGGCCGUUCACCUGCUCAGACUGUGGGAAGGGAUUCACUUGCUCAUCUAAACUGAAGGAACAUCAGAGAGUUCACACCGGGGUCUGGCCGUUCACCUGCUCAGACUGUGGGAACGGAUUCACUUCUUCGUCCCAACUGAAGGUACAUCAGCGAGUUCACACUGGAGAGAGGCCAUUCACCUGCUCAGACUUAGGGAAGGGAUUCACUUGCUCAUCUGAACUGAAGGUACAUCAGCGAGUUCACACUGGGGAGAGGCCGUUCACCUGCUCAAACUGUGGGAAGGGAUUCACUAAAUCAUCUAACCUCCUGAGCCACCAUGUUAACGGCACUGAACACAUUAAAAUAAGGCAGGGACAGGCUCUGGACGCCAUCGACUCAGUAAAAGGCUUCUCGCGGGAUGUGGAAGACGGGGAGGCCUCCAGAGUUCCUGAUGACGACACCUGCCGGAAGUGCUCACACCUGCAGCGUGUAACAAUCCGCCCUGGGGUGCUGGAGUUGAAUCUGGAUGAACUCCGGUUCAUUCAGAGCCACGGACCUGAUGGACCUGAAUAUAUAGAGUGA